AUGCCCCCGUGCAGCUACGGGCACGGGCACAUCUGUCCGGGCGCAGGCCAUUUCUCCAGCGUGGUCGACGGCGUCACCCUUAAGCUGAUCGAGGGUGGCCACGAGGUCAUCCGCCUGCCACCCGAGCAGGUCUACGACGCCCUGAAGACGUUGAUCCAGCAGUACAGUCACCACGCGAACCAGUUCUCCAUGGAGCUGAUAGACGACGCGCGCGUGCCCAUAUUGCGCGUCCUGUUCGGCACCGGAGAUCGCCUAGUGGCGGUCGACGUGUCCGUGGACCAGAUGCGCCCGGUCGAUCACGUGAAGUGGUUUCAGUACGUCUGCGCGGCCCCCAGGCCGAACGCGCCCCCGCCGCUGGUGGCGCCCCUGGUGACGUCCACGCUCCGCUGCGUGAAAUGGUGGAUCCGGCAGAGGCAGAUCCCGCGCACUAAGGAGGGCGGCCUGCCGACGCUGGCGUGGCUCCUGAUGGCCGUGCACGUCUGCUCCCUGAAGGAGACGCACGAGCAGGCCUGGCCGAGCCACACCGCGGGGCCCAUGCUGGCGCUGCUGUCCUCGCUUACGGCCAGCACAGCCAACGGCACGGGCGCGGGCACCGGAGGUGGGUCGCAGGUGGGGCAGUGUCGCAGGUGGGCAAGCGCACAAACUUUCCACAUCGCUGGGUCGUAG